UAAACUCACAAAACAUAUGUUCGUCAUAGUCGUUGGUGCAGUCCAGAUGUGUUUCCGUAUCAACACCUGUAUGACACAGACAUCACACGAGCAGACAGCAGAGAGCACUGGAAAAGCUUCGAAACAGAGCUCUCGGGCCACCACUAAGAAGAACGAUGAGAACAUCCACGACACAAGAAAGUCAACUGUUUGCCCAAGUGAUAAGCACUCAGAGAAAAUCAGGGCGGCAAAGAUGCAUAACUAUCAUGUCACCAUCAAGACGAACAAUGACAACAUACACCAGCUGAGGGAGCAGAACCUGAAUCUAGCCAAGAAAGUGUCAGAGCGGAAUAUUGCUGAGGAACAGAACACCAACCCUUUUCCUCAGAGGGGCUUGGGUGGCUCUGUCUUUCGCAUGCCAGGAAAGAAAGCCGAGUCAACACCAAGUAAUGAUAUUGCUAUUAAGAUGAAGCAUCUCAAUAAGCUGAAAAACACCACCCGGAUCUACCAGCAGCGCCUUGUCCAGCUGAGGAAGGAGAGCCAGCGACUGAAACCUGAGAGUGACCAUUGUCCACCACCUCCUAAUACUCAUGCCCGUGAGGAUGAGGAAAUAGCUAUGUUCCUACGGACACUGGAGAUCCAAAUGGAGAAGACCAGGUUUAAGUGCAGUCAGGCUGUGUUCAACAUGAGGGAUCACCAGAAACUCAUAACUCUUAUCCAGAGGGGCAGUAUGGCCUGCAAGUGCCAGUCAGAUCAUCUGGAUACAGAGAUCCAGAAGUACAAGACCUCUCUUCACCAGCUGCAAGCCAAGAACAACAAGACCCAGCUGGCCAACAAAGCUCUUCAGGCAAAGUCACAGCAGCUGAAGGAACUGUACGAUGAGGAGGAUAAUAAGAGGGAGCUCAACCUCAUCGCCCAGAGGAAAAAAGCUCAGGAGGCUGAGUGCAAAUUCGUGCCUCCUGAGUCUGAAGACGACGAUCAAGACACACACAUAUUGUGUAAGAAUUUCGAGUGCGUCACCAACAACAUCGCACAAGUGACGAAACUUAUCCGCACUUUUGAGGCGAGCUUGAAGAACAUCAAAUUGGUCGUUGGAGAAUCAGAAAACCAGAAGUUAGUGGGAACCUGGAUCACAAAAAGGGAACGACACUCACAGCUGGAGAAGCAAAAGAAAGAGAAUGACAAAGUCCUGCAGGAGCUGAGGAAGCAGAGGAAUCUCCUGUUCUCGAAAUUCAAGGAGAUUGAUUUCUCCUACAGCCUCAAACGCUACAAUGACCAACAGGAGCUGGCGGAACAGUCAAGGUGCUCUGCUGUUGCUGUGGAACUGCGUUCGCAUCUUGAUAUGUUCACCACCAUUAAAGAGAGGGUAGAGUACCUGGCAGACAAACUUCAGCACGUCACACUGAGUGAGGACAGAGUGACGAGUGCGUCUGCAGACUCAUAUGAGCUUGUGUUGGAGCAGCUGUCCAAGUGCGUGCAGAAGCUGCAGUUACUCAAGGAUGAACUUAAGGGGGGAAAUCUGGCCGCUUUGAGGAGGGAGAUGAAGGAGAUCAAUGACAGCAUUGAGAAGAGACUGCCAUCUUACAACAACCGUAUCAAUCUCCCAGAACCUGGACUAGAGUGACAUGAAGGAGGAGGACUGCUGAGAACCGCUGAUACCGAAACAGAAAAUGAAUUGAAUGAGGAGUGCAGAACAGAUUCAACUUGUCUUUUCUAAUAACAUAUAAUUCAACUUAUAUUUAAAAAGUAAUCUCUGGUUAAUAUAUGAGGGCUAUUAUUUACUCACAUGGAAACUUUUCGAGUUGAGAACGUUUUUUAUCCCUGCAGAUAUUAUUUUGUUUUAUUUUAUUUUUAUCAUUGGUAUUUUGAUGUAUUGCAUGUGGCUGUUUUCUUGUUUUACCUUUAACUUUGUGAAGCACUUCGGUCAAGAUGUUUU